CUCAUGUAUUACAACAUAGCUCUCCUAUGGUAUGACUAUGGUCUGACGUUCCCAGAGGAGGUCAGGUAUAUGUGGAGGUCGAAAGAAUGGAAAGUGUCGACCUUCCUCUACAUCUUCUGCCGCUAUGCGCUGCCGGCAAAUCUGCUUUAUCUGCUCGCUAUCGCGAAUAAAUUGGGUAGUAGGACUCAACAACCAAAUGAUACUUCUCUCUUCAACAGCUGUGAUACAUGGUACAAAAUUAUCGGUGCUAUCAGUGUCGUUGGCAGAGCUUCGUUUGCAGCCGUCUUCGCGAUGAGAACUUAUGCUGUUUGCGCCCAGAGCAAGCUGGUCUUGUAUGGCCUGGGAGCCAUUGGGCUCACAUGUGUGGUUCUCGAUUGUUUACACGUUCCAGGGCUGCGAUGCCAUGGAUCUUCCAGCAUACAAAUGUACGUCUUGUGA